AUGCCGAAUACACCACCUCCAGCGCUAUUACCCCCACCAGAAGGUAUAUUUAGGACCUUUGAAGAUUUGAUGGCUUCCGUCCAGCGCGUUGCAAAGGACCAGGGCUACGGAAUUGUCAAGCUUCGGGCUUCAAACUACCGCGACGGAAAGCCUACUCGCUACGAUCUCGUUUGCGACCGCGGUGGUGUCAAGUACAACAGCACUGCCAAGAAGCGCAACCCUUCAACGCGCAAAAUUGAUUGUCCCUUUCGCGCCAAGGCUGUCUGUGAAGUUCAGCUCGGAAACCAAUGGCGUUUUGCUAUCCAAGAGGGACGUCACAACCACGAGCCACGAGCUCCCUCCGGCACGCCUGGUCAGGAGAACGCGCCGCUGGCUACAUCGAUCCGAUCCUUCACUAAUAAACUCGACCGCCUGAACCACGACAUGGCUCAGGGCCUAAUGCGCAUUGAGCAGCGUCUCGAUAACAUCGAAAAACGCAUGGACAGUCUUGAAGCCCGAGCUGGAGGCGGCUACGAGCCACGCUUCCAGGCUAUUGAACAAAGACUUCAGGGGAUGGAAGGUCCUCGAAUGGAUGGGAUGGGUAUGGACGAUGUCGAAACACGUCUUCUAGCCUCGACGGUAAUGUAG